AUGCGCGUACCAGAGGGAGUGAACGUUGAGCGUUUAUUUGCCGGUCUCCCACGUUUCUUAUGGUGUCGUCUUAUUCAGCUCCUUUGCCUUUCCGAUUUAGGUCUUGUUUGUGCUGUGCUAGAGUCUCUUUAUACAAUCACCGGAAUGGGUGCUAUUGCCUGUACUCGUCUUUGGGGUGCUCUAGCUUCAGCAGAUGACACAGUCUCCCCUCUCUCACCAUCCACUGUCUUUGCUGCACGUCGGGCUUCCAGCCACUUGCGUCCUCUCAUUGCUCUGCUCAGUUUAGAGGGUAAAGAUAUGGGCCCGGAAUCAUUACAUCGUGUCAAAGUUGUUCCACGACAUCCUAACCCUCCUCCAAUUGUAAAAGAACCACAAUUUGAACAACUGUAUCCUACCAGAUAUUCACUCCCCCUGCAUCAUACUGCUCCUUCUCGAUUCUCUUCUCCCUAUCCUACAUCUCAUCAUUUUCCCACCCAGCGUCCACAACAACAAUCACCAAAUCCACGUUUAGUUACACCUCAACAUAUCCCACCUCAACCACAAUCACUGGCAAGUCUGUUGGGUCCUGGAGGAGGAGGAAACAGCAGUAGUAACAGUAGGAUCUCUUCAGGAUUUGGAGUCAAUUUGCCUCCUAGAAUGGCUACUCCUCCUUCACUAUCACCACUGCCUCCUCAGGUGGCGAAUGUUAGACCGAAACCGAGUAGUUUGUCAGAGCUUACCGAUCGACUGGUCAUGCCACCGCCUAAAGACCUGCCUCCCAGACGUCAGUCCUCUAGAGUGAAUGGGAGUCCAGGUUCGCCUGGUGGUAAACCACCUUUUGUAAAUGGAAGAGUUCCCAACACGCCUCCUCCAAACUCUCUUUUAAAUCACCAUCACCAGUAUAAUAAUCCACCGAAUCAAGUGGUGUCCGCUCCAUCUCUACAGAAACCUACACUUACUUCCACAUCUCUUCUUGAGGAGGCACUAAACAAUCCUGGUUCAAGCAAGGUAGUCCCUCCUAAAUCCCCUGCUCCAUCUCCUCUUCUGAAUGGUUACAGUAAUCGAGCCUCCACCAUCCACCACACUGGAGUUGGUAGGAAAUCUAUUCCCGCCGUGAUUUGCAACCCUCCUGCUGUGAAAAUGGUGAAUGGUGAGGCCAAUAACACUACUCCAACACUACCAGUGAUUAAGAACAAGGGUCCAGAACAGAAUAAUUUGCAGGAGAAGCUUGUUAACGGAGUCUCACACGUGUGUAAACCAAAGAACCUGAAAAGGGAAUACAAUGAAGUGAAGGACGAUAUGGAAGAGACUGAGACUCGUCUCAUGGAAUGGGCCACUUUCAACUCCCAUCAAUUGUGCUACAAUCGCAAAGUGGGUUUCUAUUUCACACGUAAACGGCCGAGAUAUUUCGCUGCGCGUAAUCGGGUGUUUGAUCAACCAAAACUGGCUGCAGGAAAAAGGCAAAAAAUGAUGACAACUGAAAGCGGACUGAAGAAUUUUUAUCAGAACGUUGCUACCGCGGCAUUGUUAUCUAAAGAACAGGGUAAAAGAACGAUGACGGUGAACUCAAAUCCUAAUCACCGACCAAGUAUUCCAACACCAGCGGCAGUUCAACGCAAUCAGCCCCCUUCGCCACCUCCCUUGAUGUUUGUGUGUGAAUGGAAUGGAUGCUUCAGACAAUUUCCUGUGGCCUCACAGGUACGUUUAUCGUCACCUUUUUUAACUAUUAAAAAUGUAUAUAGUCAUGCCUAUAGCUGUCAUCUAAAGCCGCUUCUCCCACCCAAAAAUAUGUCCAAAUCUCCCUCAAAUCCCUCAACUCCAAUAGAGCGUCGCUGUUGCCUAUGGAGUGACUGUUCCACUGCAAACAUAUCUCGUGCCCCUUACUCCCUUCAAUCUCAUGUUCUGGACUCGCACUGCUCAACUGCAGAGCUCGAGUCCCGACGUCGAUUAAUACCCCACCGAACUGCUCCAUACCAACAACCAGCCUCAACUCCUCCUGUACCACCGAGGUAUUGUCCUCCCGACCCCUCAGGUUGGGCUAUCAUACAGGAUGUGGAGACACGCAGGAUGAGAUCUGAACUUUGGCUUUCCCAGUAUGCAGUUUCUGGAGGCCGAUAUCCCAAUGGUACACCUGUUGCAGCCCCUCCUCGUGACAUGCUCCCUCCACGAGAGGGUCCUGUCACCAAACAUUUGCGUGUCACUGCGGCUCUUAUCCUACGAAAUUUGGCACAAUAUGUUCAGGAGGCGAGACAGUAA